AUGCUUCUUCAUCACUAUUCAUUUAAAAUAUACGAUAUCUUUCAUCCUUUCAUCCUUUUAUUUUUUCUUUAUUUAAAUUUUAAUUCACUCUUAAUACAUACAGUAAAAACACUGAUAGGAUCUUUGUUUAUACCAGUGUUUUUGCUGCAGAUUCUGCGGUUUGUAGUGAUUGUGAAUUUAAAAAAGGCACAUGUAUUAUAUGUCUGUUUUAUAGAUAAAUUUGUAUUUUUGUCAUAUCUGAAGGUAUGCCUUUGUAAUCAAAAAAUUUGUUUAAUUUUUAAGAAUAUGACUAUUGUUUGUCUAUACUUUGUUUUUUCAUGUAUUUUAGUUCAUAUUUUUAUUGUUUUUUAUGGUGCACUAGUUAUUAAUUAUUUAUUGGAGACAAUAUUGUGUGCUUUACAUUUAACAGUUCUUGGAAUAUUACCUAUGAUUUGUAUAUUUGGAGUGGAUAGAAGAAAAUAUAUGGAAUUGGUUUCAUUGGAAUUGGAUCUUGAGAAUUUUGAGAAUCUUAAAUUGAGUGUAGGUUUUUUUGGGACAUUUGUAGGGUCAUGGCUAGGUGCAAUACCUAUUCCACUUGAUUGGAAUAAAGGGUGGCAAAAAUGGCCUAUUCCUAUUGUUAUCGGAGGAUAUUUGGGUUAUUCAUUAAGUAUUUUCAUAAUAUUUCUUGUUUAUGUAAAAAAGAGUAUCUUCUUUAAAAAAGAAGAUUGA